AUGACAUUUUUUUCCCCCAGAGGAUGGAGCACAAUAAAGGGAUACUACAGGGGAAGUAAUUUUUUUGGUCAAGGUAAUUAUGAACGGACCUUAGCCGCUCUGUUGAGCAGUUGCGUGGUGUACUAUUGCACGUUGAGAGAUGAGGAGAGGAGAAGGGAGUUCAAAUCACAUGUGAAAAAUGUGAAGAAGGAUCUAAGUAGUACCUUCCUUGUAUGGAGGCAAUGGAACAGUGAAAAUGGAAGCCUGUUUAGAAGUAACAGAAGUGUGUCCUUUUGCGAUACGAACAAAAAGGGAUUCCGUCACCCCUUGUGGAGAUCCGAAGAGAAGAGGCCAAUUGAAAAAAUGGAGAAUGCUAUUCUGUUUAGUGGUUCCUCGAAUCCCUUGUUGAGUAAAAAUAUUGCAGACCAUCUGGGUACCAUAUUAGGAAGAGUACAUUUAAAAAGAUUCGCAGAUGGGGAGGUCUCCAUGCAGUUCCUAGAAAGUAUUAGAGGGAAGGAUGUGUACAUUAUUCAACCGACAUGCCCACCAGUGAAUGAAAAUUUAAUUGAGUUGUUACUAAUGAUUUCUACAUGUAGAAGAGCUUCUGCUAAAAAGAUCACAGCUGUUAUUCCCUACUAUGGUUAUGCAAGACAGGACAGAAAACUCAGUUCCAGAGUACCCAUAUCAGCAGCUGAUGUUGCUCGCAUGAUAGAAGCCAUGGGGGUCGAUCGUGUGGUGGCCAUUGAUUUGCACUCAGGACAAAUACAAGGUUUCUUUGGGCCCAGAGUACCCGUGGACAAUUUAGAAGCUCAAUUAAUAGGGUUAGAUUAUUUCACUAAAAAGGAUUUAUAUAAACCUGUGAUUGUUUCUCCUGAUGCAGGGGGUGUAUAUCGAGCAAGGAAGUUCCAGGACGGACUUAACCACAGAGGGAUAAGUGAGUGUGGAAUAGCUAUGCUUAUAAAACAAAGGACCAAGCCAAAUGAAAUUGAAAAAAUGGACUUGGUGGGAAAUGUCUACGACUCGGAUGUUAUUAUUGUAGAUGACAUGAUUGAUACAUCGGGGACUUUAUGUGAAGCUGCUAAGCAAUUGAAGAAACAUGGAGCCAGGAGAGUGUUUGCAUUUGCUACACAUGGACUCUUUUCAGGACCUGCUAUUGAAAGAAUUGAAAAUUCUCCUCUCGAGGAAGUCGUCGUCACCGAUACGGUCAAGUCAAAUAAGCAUAUAGACAGCUGCAAGAAAAUUACAAAGCUCAGUGUCUCUGUACUUGUGGCAGACGCCAUUAGACGAAUCCACCAGAAGGAGUCCCUCAAUGAUCUGUUUAACAUGAAGGGAUAG